AUGCGAUCACUUUUUGUCUUUGUUACCAAGCACCAACACAUUGAUACCAGCAGCAUGAAAUCACCAAAGUGGCUAAAUCGUAUUCGUCGACGUUCUUCAUCCUCUACAACUUCACACGUCGAACAACAAAACGCAACUACCGAACACACUAUCUCUUUUGAAGAGGAAAUCCAACAACUUGCACAUGCAUAUGAAUUUGCAUUGGACGAAUUGGCCUAUGCCGUUGAAUCCCAAGGAUCGAUUUAUUAUGACGGUGACCGUGAGACCGCACAAGAAGCAUUUGAUUCCUGUAUCGACCGCUAUCUUUACUUGAUGGAGCGAUUAUCCGAAGCUGACUGCGUCAAACUUGAUGCUCUUUAUCGACGAGAACUUGAAAGCUUAAACACGCGUCUGGCUGAAUUGCCACCGAUCUCAUCGUAUUAA